CACAGAGUACCUUAUAUUUAGUAAAAACACAGGUACACUUUGUUUUGGUGUUUUGUUCCAAUUUUGUUCAAUUUUUGUGUAUUUAAUAUAAAAUGUAAAGAGUUUAGUGCAAUAUAAUUAUUGGUAUCAAUUACCUACCUAAUCAACUAUAUUUAUUAUAAUUUGAAAGUUUGACGUAACUGCUUAGGUUUACUUUGUAAUCAAUAUGAGUACAAUGGAUGAAAUUGAGGAAGAGGCUAAAGCAGCGGCAGAAAAAAUGGUCAUGAAUAUGAUGCAAAGGCCAGGACAACUUGAAAAGGUGGAGCAAUAUAAAAAAAGGAUAACUCAUAAAAAAGCCUCAAUUGAGGCACAAUUAAAAUCAGCAGUUCAAGGAAAACUUGAUGGGGUCAGUGUGGGAUUACGCCAGCUACAAGAGUGCUUAGAUGAUGUACAACAAAUAAGCAUAAAAAUGGAUGAAUUAGAAGAUCUUUUGAAAGGAGUACCACCACUUGUAGCCUCUCUUCAAGCAGUAAGAGAAGAAGAUUGCAGGCACUCUCAAUAUGUUACAGCAAUGGACAGUCUCAAACACAUUUUCACUGUGCCAGAAAGUGUGGCAAAAACAAAGCAAUGGAUUGGAGAAGGAAAGUUACUGCAUGCACAUCAAUGCCUUACAGACUUAGAAAACUCUAGAGAUGAUUUACUAUAUGAAUUACACAGACUGCCCAACCAGUCAUCACAUGAUAAAAUAAUGUUAAAAGCUUAUUUUGAGGAUGUUGAGAUGGUGUCAAAUUUACUAGAAAAACAAAUCAAACUAAUACUUGCAAGAACCUUAAACACUGUCCGUAAGGAACCAACAGUUAUUGUAACUGCUCUAAGAAUUAUAGAGAGAGAAGAAAAGAGGGAUCAAAUGGCUUCACAACAGGAAGAUCAAUCGGGAUUUAUGCCACCAGGUAGACCUAAAAACUGGCGCGCAAAAGCAUUUGAAGUAUUGGAGUGUGCCGUUGCUCAGCGUAUUGAAGGCACCCGCGUUGAUGAGAGAGAAGAUAAUAAGCUUUGGUUGAUAAGAUAUUUGGAAUUAACAAGGCAACUGAUUUUAGAGGACUUAAGAGUUGUUAAAACUUUAUGUGUGCCUUGUUUCCCACCACAUUAUGAUAUUGUUAACAAAUAUGUAAAUAUGUACCAUACUUGUCUUUCCUCAAGUUUACAAGAUGUGGUCCAAACUGGCCUGGAAGGUAAUGAGUACGUGACUCUACUGUCAUGGAUACUGAACACAUAUCCUGGCCAGGAGUUAAUGGGGAGCCCGGAACUCAACAUAGAUGUGUCAACAGCACCACCACUGCUGAGUGACGAAAUAAUGAACAGAUUACAGGACGAAUAUUUACAGAGAAUGGAAUCCAACUACCGGGAGUGGAUGGAGAAGACCCUGGAGUCGGAGCGCGCGGAGUGGGGCGGCGAGCGGUCGCCAGACGUGGAGCCUCACACCUCCGCCUUCCACACGCAUGCGCCCGUCAUCAUCUUCCAGAUGAUCGACCAGAACCUGCAGGUGACGGAGACAAUCAGCAAGGAGAUCACCUUUAAAGCACUUCUUCUGAGUAUUGAACAAGUGACUCGCUACGGGAAUAUGUACAGAGAAGGAGUGAUACAAUUUAAAAACGCCCACUUCGCGGACCGGUCCCGCGUGGUGUACUUCACGCAGCACAUGAUCACCAUCGUCAACAACAGCGAGCAGAUGAAGCGGCUGGCGCAGCAGACGCAGACCCGGCACUGGCCUCCCGCGCGGCACGACCCGCCCGCCGAGGACAAGUUCAACAAGGCGCUCGCUACCUUCCAGAAUUUAAGGGAUGAAGCGGCUCAGUUUCUACUGGAAGAAGCAUUCCUUGAUUUGGAGCAGCAUUUUGAAGAUCUAUUUACGAUGAAAUGGUUAACAUCGACUAUACCUGUAGAUACAAUAUGCGUCACACUCGAAGACUACUUCCAAGACUACAACCAUUUAAGGGAGAGGAACUUCGAAUACGUUAUUAAUGAAGCCCAGAAUUUGGUGUACAGAAAGUACAUAACGGCCAUGUUGUCUAAAAAGGUAACGUUCAAGACAGUGGAGGAAGCUCAGUCAGCGGCCACUAAGAUUGUGAAGGAAGCGAACCAAAUCAGAUCGUUUUUCAAGAAGAUAGCUCUGGCUGCGGAGGGUAUCAAUGUCGACUGGCCCUUUGAAGUUGUCAGCACUUUGGCUGAGGUGCUGCGCUGCCAGGAUAUUGAGAUGCUGUCGCUGGAUCUGCACAGUGUGGUGGACAAGUGUCCCGAGGUGACGGAGGAGCAGCUGGCACGGCUCGUGUCACUCCGUGGGGACGUGCCGCGUGCGACCGUGCGGGACAUGGUGGCGCACGUGCGAGCGACGCGGAGACCCGCACGGCUCUCGAACAACACGCCGCUCUUCAACCAUAUCACCUUCAACGACCGGCUGCUGGCACACUUCACGCUGUAGUCAUACCAAGAGACCGGACACACCAGGAGACCGCGUCUUCCGACCGCUUCCUUAGCCGCGUAGCUCGAGAAAACACGGGGCUGUGAGAGCAAUCGCGAUACCGACCAGAAAUUUGGGUUAUGCCAGAAUCAUAAAUAGAGCACGGCAAUACUUCAAGCCGGCCCACGUUCUAGCUCGAUCCAUUUGACCGCGUGCAAUGCAGAGUAGCUCGAAUUAUCGGGCUCUGUGAACGGCUGGAUCACUUGGCGUUGCGUACAGACAUCACUUUAUUGUGUGUCCUCUACCGCAUUUAUCACGGGGAGUGUUCCGAAGAGCUGUUACACCUGAUUCCUGCCGCCGAAAUCCACCUUCGCACGACACGCCACAAGUUAGGAUAUCAUCCCCACCACCUGGAUGUGUGGCGGUCCUCCACAGAGCGGUUUUCAAGGAGCUUUCUUCCACGUACUACAAAGUUGUGGAAUGAUCUUCCUUGUGCGGUGUUUCCGGAACGAUAUGACAUGGGUACCUUCAAAAAAAGCGCGUACAUCUUCCUUAAAUGCCGGCAACGCUCCUGUGAUUCCUCUGGUGUUGCAAGAGAAUGUAGGCGGCGGUGAUCACUUAACACCAGGUACCCCUACAUUCGUUUGUCCUCUUUUUCCAUAAAAAAAUCCCGAGCAGAUGAAAAUGUUGUCCGUGUCGUCCUUUAUUUUUAUUUACUCUUAAUUUAUUUGUUCUUGAUUCUAUCAUCAUGGCCAUUUUUGGUAAAAUGUGGCCAAAGGUCCUCAACUCAACUCAACCUCAUAUCUUAUUUAUUUUUAUUACCUUUAAGUGUUGAUACUAAAUUUCAUUAAAAUCAGUUGGAAGAGUUAGCCAUAAAAUAGAUUCAGUCAGCUUCGCAGAACCCUUUAAAUUCAUCUUUGCUUCUGAUACGGAUCUAUCUAUAGUCGGAAAUGUAAUUCGAGAUCAAAAAUGUAAACAAAGAAAUGUCAUUGUCAAAAUGACAAUUCAGAGAUUAUCAACAUUUUUCUUGGUGGUUUCAUAAUAAACUUAUUUUGUAAUAUAGAAAAAUACAUGUAAAAACAUAUAAAUAAAUAUAUUAAAAAUAUUUACAAA